AUGGACCUCCAAUCGAUAUCCGAUCACCUCGAGAUCACGCAACGCAUGACGCUGUGGUCAGAGAUAGUCGACUCCAUGUCCCUCGACCGGCUCAGCGAGCUGUUCGUGCCGGACCUCGUCUGGGACUUUGGCGGGGGGACCAUCGACCACAGCCUCGCGGCGGUGCGUGCGCGGAUGGAAGCGCACUUCAACCCGGACUCGUAUUGUGCUGCGACUCGGCAUGACCUCUCCAACCACAUGAUCACGCUGCUCGACGACCGCGACCGCGCCGAGUCAAAAGUCAACGUCUUCGCCGCGCACGCCGGUAGAGGUCCUUACGCCGGACAGGCCCAACUCACAUGGCUUACAUAUGAGGACAAGUGGAGGCGCCUUGGGGGCAAAUGGUACAUUGAGCAUAGGACGUAUCGCAUUCAGUUCACGCAGGGGCCGGAUGAUAUUGUAUAUGGCACUGGCAGGGGGACGUGGGCGGAGGGCGACGACCGUCGUAAGGGCGAUGCUCAUUAG